AUGGCGCCCCUCGCCAGCGAGCCUCGCCAGGUUCUGCACAUCCUCAACCACGCCAAACGCAGAGCUUUUUAUGGCCUCCUCAUCGAGAUCACAGCCUACAUGCGCUCCCAGCUCGAGCUCAAGGACCUUCCCGCAUUGCAUGUUCAUGACAGGCCGUCUCCUCUGCGCAUUGACCCCAACGCCCGAGGGAGCAGCAUCAUCGACGAAGAGCCGACACUAAUCCAAGUGGAUAACCGCAACUUUGUCACCCAACCCAACCAAGAACUUGCCCGGAUCACCGCCGCGGCGCUUGAGCAUUUUGACAAAUGGAGAGCAGAGACCCUGACCAAACUUAAGGAGCUUCUCGCCGCCCAGGAUGAUGCCAAGACCAUGGAUGAGAGGCGGAAGCGGACCGAGAGGAUGAAGCAGAGGAAACCUGCGCCGGCAGCAGCGGAAGGGAGUUUGAUUGACUUCGGUGGAGGGGGUUCUUCAUCAGUGAGAGAUGAUGAGGCAGUUCGGAGGGAGGGAGUGGCACGGCUUCAACUGCAUUGGCAUCCUAUUCCCACAAGGUUGAUCACCAUCUCAUACGAGGACAGAUUGGAAAGUCUGAGUUGCAUACUGCUGGAGUUGCUAUCCACGGGUCAUUACACAGCUGAGUCGAGAGCUUUGGCUGUGUAUCUCGCCUCGGCUCUUGAAAUUCCGCUGGAUGCCUUGAACGCCGAGGAGAUUGAGAUUGCAAAGGCCAUGGUGGAAGGGUCAGAGGAGGCCGCCAAACAGCAGAGGACGAGGACCAUGUCCGCUGACGCUGAAGCCAGGAAGAGGCAGCAGCAAAACCAGGCUGGCAGGUUUCUGAAAGUUGGCUUGGCGUCUGUUGCCGGAGCUGCGCUUAUAGGAGUCACUGGUGGACUUGCUGCGCCAGUCGUAGCUGGAGCCAUCGGUGGUCUCAUGGGUACUGUUGGGCUGGGUGGUGUUGCGUCUUUCUUGGGCAUCUUCUGGAUGAAUGGAGCCCUCGUGGGCGCUCUAUUUGGUGCUUUCGGAGCCCGCAUGACGUACGCCCGAGAUGUCGAGGACUUCAAGUUUAUUCCGCUGGCAGAUGAAUGGGGAACCCGAAAUGCAGCAAACAACAAGGACGCCAGGCGCUUGAGAGUAACUAUAGGCAUUAAUGGCUGGCUAACCACCAAGGACGACAUCACGAAACCGUGGCGGCAUCUCUCCGACGACGCCGAAGUAUUUGCGCUUCGGUACGAGCUGGAGGCUCUUGAGGGGCUUGGCAAGUCUCUUGAGGAACUCGUCAACUCGUAUGCCUGGAACACUGUCAAGAUGGAAAUCCUGAAGCGUACAGUCUUGGCAACUCUCUGGGGCGCUUUGUGGCCGGCCUAUCUCCUUUCUAUGGCUUCGACAUUGGACAACCCGUUCUCUCUCGCCAAGAACCGGUCCGAAAAGGCUGGUGAAGUGCUGGCAGACGCCCUGAUCAACAAAGUCCAGGGUGAACGCCCAGUCACCCUGAUCGGAUACUCGCUCGGCGCUCGAGUUAUUUACUCGUGCCUACGCUCUCUUGCAAAGCGUCGAGCCUUUGGUCUUAUCGACUCUGUCGUCUUCAUUGGUGCCCCUGUUCCCUCGAAUAGAGAACACUGGCAGAUGAUGCGCACCGUAGUGUCCGGUAGGAUCUACAACGCCUACUCCGAAAACGACUACAUUCUCGCAUUCCUAUACCGCACCACAUCUGUUCAAAUGGGCGUGGCGGGUCUUCAAGCGAUCGAACACAUCGAAGGUGUUGAAAACCUCAACCUCAGCGAGGAGGUUCAGGGGCACAUGCGCUACGCAGGCCUGAUCGAAAAGAUACUCGCACGCUGCGAUCUCCCCGUAGGCCAGGGCGUAGACAAGUCCAUCGCCAAAGAAGCCAACGACACCAUCACCAUCGCCGACCUCAACAACCGACCAGACAACUCUGCCACCCUGAUCGAUUUGGAAGACCUCAAAAUCUCCAGCCCUCUACAACAACCCCGGCGACCCAAACAAGACUCGCCACCCCCCUAUUCCUACGCCCCUUCCCCCUCCACCCAAAACACCAACUUUGCCAAACUUCAAUCCCAACCACCUUCCAGACCCAAGCAACAGCAAACCAGCACCACCAUCCGAAGCUGCCCCAUCUGCAACCGCAACAUCUCCACCUUGUCAGAAUCCCAAGCCACAACCCACGUCAACUCCUGCCUCGACGGCAACCAAGGAACCCCAUCCCCAUCCCCAACUGUCUUCCAACCAGGUCGCCACCCCCUGAGAAACACCCAACCCCAAAAACCAACCAUGACCCGCAGCAUGACGUCGCACCUCCAAACAGAAAUGGACCCCUUCGGUCUCUUCUCCCCCUCCCCACCCCCAGGCCCGCCAUCAAAACCCGCCCCUCACAUCCCCGCCCCUCCUGACGCGUCCAGGUUCCCUAAUCUGGUGAAUCUGGAUGAUGCCAGGCCCCCGAUGAUCACCAGGGCGCAGACUGUUCCUGCGCAGCCGUCGACACUGGCAAGGUCGGAUUACCCGCCUAGGGUGAUCCCCUUGGCUGCGGCAUCAACACCGGCGGUGUAUGAAUCCUCGCAUUAUCAGGGGAGGAAUUAUGACACCGAGGAGGAGGUCGACACAGAUGACGAGUAUGGAGGGGGGAUCAAGAUGGUGGAUAAUGAUGAUGAGUUGGAGUAUGUUGAUCCUAGGCCUAUGGAUUGA